AUGUCUAAUUGCCUUUUUAAUAACCUUAGAAAUUGUAUAGCUGUUCACCUGGAUAGAAAUGAAGAUAAAUUUAAUUUACUUAUUUACAUGAUUCGAAAAUUAUACGCAGUUGCAAAUGGCGAGUGUCAAAUAGAGUCACAAGAUAGUCCAAUGAAUCAAGAAAUUCUCUUAGGUGGUCAUAUGUACUCAAUGGUAUUAAAAGAAAAAUUAGAAUUAUGGCUAUCGAGGGUUAAGAAUUUAAUUUUGAAGUAUAUGGCAAAAACCAACGAUGAAAAAUUAGAAAAUGCUAUAGUUAGAGCUGCAAAUAAUGGUACUAAUAUACCGAAUCAACUAGAGUAUUUUUUGGCCACAGGGAAUUUAGUCGCUAGGGCUGAUUUAGGCUUAAUGCAGGUUGCAGGUUAUGUUCUGGUAGCUGAUCGGUUAAAUUUUAUGAGAUUCGUAUCACAUUUUCGAAGUGUUCAUCGGGGUAGUUUCUUUACUGAAAUGCGUACCACCGCUGUUCGUAAGUUACUUCCUGAAGCUUGGGGGUUUCUCUGUCCCGUUCAUACCCCUGAUGGUGCUCCAUGUGGUUUGUUGAAUCAUUUAGCGGCUAGCUGCAAAGUCGUAACCAAAAUGUCUGAUACAACUAAGUUAGUUAGCACGCUGUAUGAGUUGGGAAUGCUAUCAUUAUCGGAUCCACUUAUUGAAUAUAGUUCCGCGCAUGUAGUAAUAUUAGACGGCAAAAUUGUGGGGUAUAUUCAGAAGGAAAUUGGAAAAGAAAUCGCCGAUAAAUUACGAUAUCUAAAGAUAAAUAACAUGGAUAUGGUUGAUCCAUCUACGGAGAUUGCAUUAGUCCAUGACGGAAUUAGCGGUCUCUACAACGGAUUGUAUCUUUUUACGUCCCCAGCUCGUAUGAUUAGACCAGUCACAAAUUUACGGUUGCAAAAACAAGAAAUGAUUGGUACUUUUGAGCAAGUCUUUAUGGAUAUUUGUAUUACUGCUGAAGAAGCAUACGCUGAGGUAACCACUCAUCAAGAGCUAUCACCAUGCAGCAUGCUCAGUGCAUUGGCCCGAUUAACGCCAUUUUCUGACUUUAAUCAAAGUCCUCGUAACAUGUAUCAAUGUCAGAUGGGAAAGCAAACUAUGGGAACCCCUAUUCAGUCCUUUAAAUAUCGAUCUGAUAACAAACUUUAUCGAAUACAGGGCUAUGAUAUGGAAGAUGCGAUGAUACUGAAUAAAAGUUCAGUCGAACGAGGAUUUGCCCAUGCCACUAUAUAUAAAUCUGAGGUUAUCAAUCUGAAUUCGAAAACCGCUGAUGGAUUGGAGAUAUUUGGCCAAACUCCUGGUACUACUGAUAGUGACAAUAUUGAUUUGGAUGGAUUGCCAAAAAUUGGUUCUAUACUAAAUUCCGGAGAUCCAUACUAUUGUACUUUAAAUCUUUCUACAAGUCAAUGCGUUGUCCAUUACUACCGUGGCCAAGAACAAGGAAUAGUAGAUGAUGUUAAAUUACUUGGAUCGGAUAGCGGUCGAAAGCCAUUGCAGCGAAUAUGCGUUAAAUUCCGAAUCGAGCGAAAUCCGAUCAUUGGGGAUAAAUUUUCAAGCCGUCACGGGCAGAAAGGAGUAUGCAGUCAAUUAUGGCCAAUAGAAAAUAUGCCUUUUACUGAAUCCGGCAUGACUCCUGAUAUAUUAUUCAAUCCACAUGGCUUUCCAUCGAGAAUGACUAUAGGCAUGAUGAUUGAAUCUAUGGCAGGCAAAUCUGCUAGUCUUCAUGGACUCUGUCAUGAUGCAACACCCUUUCAGUUUAGCGAAAAAGUUUCAGCCGUAGAUUACUUUGGAAAAUAUCUAGAGAAAGCUGGCUACAACUAUUUUGGUACGGAAAGAAUGUACGAUGGCAUGAGUGGCGAAGAAUUUGAGGCUAAUAUAUUUAUUGGCACUGUAUACUAUCAGCGAUUAAGGCAUAUGAUUUCUGAUAAGUUUCAGGUUAGGACAACAGGGCCAAUCGAUUCCUUAACUCGUCAACCUGUUCAGGGUAGAAAAAGGGCCGGUGGAGUCAGGUUCGGCGAGAUGGAGCGUGAUGCUUUAAUAUCUCAUGGCACAUCAUUUCUACUACAAGAUAGACUGCUUAACUGUUCCGAUAAAUCAGUGGCGCAUGUUUGUAAGAAAUGCGGUAGCGUCCUAGGGAUUACCACUGAUGUAAACAAAAAUGAAGCCGAUAUCUUUCGAGAAUUCUCCCGAAAAGUUUACAGAUGUACUACAUGUGAUAGCACUCAAGAAGUUACUAAAAUGUACCUUCCUUACGUAUACCUUUAUUUAGUUACAGAAUUUGCAGCUUUGAAUAUUAAAGCUGUAAUCGAAGUUGAAUAA